AUGGUGGCCGGGUGCGAGGAAGACGUCGUGGUCCUGGUGUUCACCGAAUCAUCUGAUGUGGCGGCGAUGGAGGAGGAGAACGAUGCGGCCGGCGAGGACGAGGACCAGGGGGAGAUGACUCUCUCGACCUCCGAAGUCGGCAACUGGGAUCUUCCUCGAAUUCUUCGGUCUCCGACGGUUAAAGUGCACGCUUCUCGGAGCAGGCUUGUCGAAGGAUCUUCGUACUUCCGCAGUCUCCUCGGUGGGAGCUUCAGGUACGCCAAGUACGACAGACCAUCUCGUCUGCGGGGCUAGUUGAAUGAACUCGUUCGCCUGCUUGUCUUGUGGCUCUCAACAGGGUAUUAUCGGCAUCACUUUGAUGUCUGUAUUUUUCAUUUUAAGGGGGAGAUGACCACUUGUUCCUGGAUGGUUAUUUUUCUCUCUUCAGUGAAUCGGUUUCCAGUCAAGUUUGCAUCCGAUGCAACCUCAGAACGGCCGUCAGUGUUCUGCAGUGCAUAUGUGGUCACCCCCUGAAUAUCGAACCGGAGAAUUUCCUCGUCCUCCUCGAGGUAAGGCACGUUUUAUUUCUCACCUCCACAAAUCAUAAUUAACACGCGCCCUGCGGAAGUUAUGGUACUCAGUGUCAAGGUCUCGAUCAUCUCAUAAGCGAUCUGUUUCCUUCUCCCUUACUCUGCACUUAUUCUGCCUAAUUGUAUGAAACGCUAUUCCUCGAUCUUCUCUCUAGUAUACAGGGUUUUCUCCGCCCCGCGACUCUGUCAGAGCAUCUCGUGUUAUUCAAAGACUUUAACUUCACUGACUUGUCUAGCGGAGUGUGCUAUGAUUUUCUUCAUUAAACAUGCGACCGCAUACUUAAUUUCCCACAAUUUUCUCUGUCUUCGUUUCUGAGACGAUUUUUGCUACCUCAUAUUUCUAAGGUUCUUUUCUAGCUUUGCCCCAAGAUGUUUAAGCUCGCUUUCACAUCCUUCUCUGGAAUCAAGCGCGUGCAUAGCUAGAAUAUUACAUUUUUUUUCAUCAUCUCCAGGGUUCCCUAUUUUUUGGGGUGGAUUCUCUUUUGUCCGAGUGUAAAGCUUGGCUACAACAGAUUACGUCCGUGUGGGGAACACAUUCCCUUAAAAUUUCAGUAGACACAAUGACAGAAAUUUGGAAGUACAGCUCAGAGCACGGUAAACACGUGCCACCUGUAUUUGAGAAAAAACAAUAGUGUUUUUCAUCAUGCUGAACUAUACUUUAACAAUUGGAAGAUAUUUAUAAAAAUAAAAAUUUCAAUGAUUCAUGAAAUAUGGUGAAAUUUCAUGAUUGCAGGUAUUAGUUUUGCCUCGGAGAUUUGCGCUGCUUACCUAGCUCGAAACUUUGUGGGUACAUGACUUUUUUUCUAUCAGAUUAUUUUCACAUUGUCCCUUAGUUGCCAAGGCUACCUUUUAUUUCCCAGGAAAUGAUGAUUGUAUUUGACUGUUUCCAAUAACUCUCCAGUUAAAUUUGCGGUUGGCAUCUACUAUCAAAUUUUAAUCAUUUGUAAUUAUUAUCAUCGUCAUAUCAGUAUUUCUUUGAUGAAGAAGGAAUGGGCUGAUGAAUAGUGUGUUGCAACAAAAAAUAAAAUUGGUCACCACUAACAACUCAAAUGUGUCAACUGUUUCUACUUUUAUUCUUUCUAUACAUCCAAUCAAACUUAAAAGCAUUUUUUAUUUCGACAAUAAGGAAUAUUUCAUUACAUGUACCAAAGUGAAUCUUCUUGUAUUAGAGCUCUAGAUUUCAAACUUUUAAUUGGAAACCACAAUAGUGAAUUAGCACUAAUUCCUGACCAGAGCUCUGUGAACUCUAAUAACUUACAAAGAUAAACAAGCAGAUACUACCGAAGUCAGCUUUGUGUUCUUUGCAUGCCUUUGUCCUUGUUGGGCUCAAUUCCCAUGUCACCUAGGCUGACACUUAGCUUAUAAAAUGUUAACUCAUAGCGUCACAUCCUUCAUUUUUACCCUGGUUGUGAUGUGGAGCCUUGCUUGUAAGAGAGUAAAUUAAAUUAUAUUGUUAGUUGCCAAAAUAUAUGUCGGGAGUUGUCAUCCCUGCAUCACGUAGGAAAGAGGUUUCAAUGUCGGAUCUAAUGAUGGAUAUUAAUAUGUGGUGGAAAAACAUAGUGGCUUAGAUUACGUGUGAGUUAUUGGAGUCAUUUUGAAUGACAAGAACUACCCUUGUUUUGAAAGGCAGAGUUUAUUAUCUGAAAGGGUGUGGUUGAAGGACAUGAACUACAAUUUUUGCAUGCUGAUUUUCAUUAAAUAUGACAGUUUUUGUUUCUUUCUUUUUUAGUGAUGAGGGACUGGGUAGGUAAUGUGUUUUCUUGUUCGCUCAUCACAAUGAGAUGACACUUUCAUAAGCUUUGGGUUUCCUGCAGGUGUGGACAAUAACCUGCACCUCUUUUGUCGAUCUUCCAUAUGACCUCUUAUGCUCCUGCCUAGAGCAUCCUGAUCUGACUGUGUACAGGUUGACCCAUAUUUGCAGUAUGCUAACUUGAUUUAAGAUACUGGAUUGUUUUUUUCACUUCUUGUUCUCAACAACGAAAAGAAUUUUCCAAUCCGACUUUAUAUUACAUAGUGUUUUCAAAUAUCGCAUUUGUUAUCUUUUUGGUGACCACUUCUAUCAGUAAUUAUGUUCGAUUUUAAAAUACUUGAACUAGAUUUUGAUUUUAGUCUUCAGCAGUGAGGAGCAACUAUGUGAGGCACUGCUACACUGGAUCGAAAGCAAUAGAAAGAUUUCUGAAUGUUCAUGUGAUUUUGAGGAAGAUUAUAUCAGCAUCCUCGAGAAGGUAAGAAGUGUGGGUUUGUGAUGCACUCUUAAAAUUGAAAUUAGCUGGCAAUAUCUAUCCUUGUAGAGCGUGAGCCUUGAUAGCUGAUGCUCGUAUUUCCUGUGAUUGAAUGCAUUUAUGUUCCAAUCAUAGAGUCUCUCUAAUGCAUGAAUGAUGUAACCAUCUUGUUUAAUUUCUAGAUGUGAAUGAUGCAGUUAGCCUGCAUUUUUUUUAAUAUGUUCUAACUUUUUUUUACCUGCACAAUUGUUAUUUUUCGUUGGUGAUUGUUUGUUCGUUGCAUUUGGCAGGUGCGUGCUUUCCUUUUGCCUUUGGGAUAUUCUGCAGGUAGAGGUUUGUCUUUCUAAUUUCUCAGAAAAUCCCGAAAUUUGAACCUUUUCAUCAAGUCAUUGAAGUCUGCUGAAAUCUUUCAGGAAAGAAAAAGAGCCGUUGGUUUUCUAGCAUUGCACAAGUGAGCAUUGAUGGCAUCCUUGAUCUCACGAAAGAAUUGCCAUCUAAACUAUUAGGUUUGAUUAAGGAUGAUAACUCUGAUAACUUAAAGGUUCGGCUAACUCAGUACUCUGAGGUACAGUGAAAGCUUAUUGCCCUCUUUAUUGCCUUUUAUUCGAUUGAUAAAAUGGUACCAUAAAUUUAUGACAAAUGAACUUGCUGGAAAACUUUAUUGAACAUUUUAAAUUGCAGUAUUAGAAAGAAUGACAGAUUGAUGAUAUCAGAAUUUAACUCUUUAUUUCACAUUCUUCCUGCUGUCCUUUAUGAAUAUUCUGUGUUUACUUUCUUUGUAUCCAAAAAGAGUUGUCUGAUAAUAUAGCUUUUCGUUAUCUUAUACAUUUCCGUAUUUCUUUUGGCCAGAAAAUUGAUCUCUCCGGCUGUGUGCAUUUUACGGCGGAUCUUCUAUACUUGGCUGUCCUUCCAAACGACAUGGAGGCUGUAUCCAGGAAAAGGGUACUACAAACUUUGGUUGAGUGUGAUCAACGAGGUGGAAAUAGUCAUUGCUUCUUGGAAAAGUUGCCGACAACACUGUCCUUUGAAACUGUAUUGGAGGUUGAUAUGUCUAAAUGCCCGAAGUUGCAUUUUCAUGCUGUAAUCAGUUUACUACAUUCAUCAUUUCCAUCAUUGCAAGUGUUGAAGUUAUCUUAUUGCUCCCAUGUCAAAAUGGAGGACUUGUUUUCCCUCGUACGAAAUUGCCCUUCACUCGUUAAUAUUGACUUAACUGUCGAUAUUAGUCCUGUUAUACCCACUCAUGCAUCAUUAUCCUCGGCAAGUUCUGAACAGUAUCAAACUUUUUCUGGUGCACCAUAUGCAUCACUACAGCAUCUGCCAAUGGUAUCUAAUAUCACAAAGCUGACGUUGGAAGGCCGAAUUGAUCUUAAUGGUAAGAUAUGAAAUGAAAUUUAGUUAUGCCCGGAAUUUUUCUGCACACACACAGAUGGUGCUCUCAUUCCUGAUUUCUCUCAGAAAUUAGUGGUUUCUGCUUUAUUUUAUCUAACUUGGAAGUUUUGUCUGAAGGCUCUACGUGCUUCAUCAUCUAAAAUAUAUUCACAUUAGCUAUGCCUUUUAUCAUGCCAUCUUGUUUUUUGAAUAAAUGCUGGGAUGAACGCUAAUUUAUUAACUCCUGUCAUUUCAGAUUUGGACCUCUCAAAUAUAUGUGCUAUUUCUGGUUCUUUGUGCUGCCUGAAUCUUAAAGGGUGUAUAGCACUAACUGAUGUUGGCAUAUCCAAACUAUUACAGAAAUGCAUCUGUCUUCAGUCGAUAACUGUAUCUUACACCUCCUUUGGGAUGAAUUCAGUUCUAAUGCUUUGUUAUGAAAAAGAGUUUCCAAAUGCUUCCCUUCGAUCAUAUCAGAACUACGACCAUUCAAACACGACAGCAUUUAGUCUCAAAGAGCUGCAGAUGGAUGGAUGCAAGGGUAAGUCAUUAUCAAAGCCAACCCUUAUUUUCAUAAUUUUAUACUCUUUUUUGGUUAUUUUCCUAAUAUCAUCAGUCCAAUUGAUUAUGUCUACAGUUUGAUGCGAGACACGCCAUGCUUGUGAGUGGUUUUAAGAUAAAUAAAAAAGAUGCCAAUUUAAAUGAAGGCUGUCUAACUAAAAAAAUAUUCUCUUAGAGUGGUCAUAAAAGGGUAAUGUUUAAGGCCACUGACAGGUGCCUUGUUUUCAAAACAGGACUUAGAUCGUAGGAAGCAUGGAAACUUCCUCUGGCUAGGGUGGUUAUUUAUGAUGUGUAAUGGCUUACUAGAAUAAGGGUUGGGGAGUUAGGGCUGGUGGGGACUUGGAGACCAGUGUAGCCAGCAAUUCAAGAUGUUUAAUAGCAAAUUAGAUGAGGGGCCCAGAAUAGGAUUGACAACGAUUUUACCUGGAACACUUGGCGCCUUGGACAGAGACUUGCAGUUGGCAAUCUUAGGACAGAAAUCCUAGCAAUUAUCCAUCUCUCGGAGAUAAAUAAAUCCCACACAGCCUACAGGUUGUUAUGGAUCGACGAAGGACGAAGUAACCGUCAACGUCAUACUUUAGGGCCCCGCUUUCACACUGGAGGACCUUCACGAUCCUCUUGGAGAAGAGCUAGGAGCAGAAUUUUCAUUCGAAAGAUUGUUUUUUUUUCUGACAUCAAAUUCAGCCUCCUAUUUAUAGGGGCAACAUGAGGCCUUUGAAGGGGCGCUCAUCAAUCCCAAUUUCUCCCAUAACUAAUGGGAUGGAAUUCUGACUUUAGAUGCUUGGGACUUUUAUAUACCUUAAAUGCUCCUAGAAAUAGCCAAAAUAGUCAAAGAUAGAAUUUAGAACCCACCAAAAUCAGCAGAAGAAAUCCUUAUUACAUUAUUCACAAAUUCAGCCAUUCUCCUCCGACUGUAGACCUUGACUUGUGCAUCGUUGACCAAUAUUUAAACGCCAAGGCGUGAUGUCCAUUGGUUAAAGGUUUGAAUUCGUUUAUGAACAUUUGUUAUCUCAUUUGACUUGUUUUUCUCAUAUGCAACAAUUGUUACUGAGCAGGUGUUGAGGCUAGGCAUAUGAAACAACUUUUGAGAUGCCUAUUCAUGUUAAAAAGCUUGAGCUUAUGUAAGACUUCUCUCGCCGAUGAUGCUCUUUCGGAAUAUAGGGGAUCAUUAUUGGAGAGACUUGAUGUUUCUGAGACUCUGGUAUGCUUCAGAAUAUAGGACUUUUUGUGUGUUUUUAUCUUCUCAUUCUUCGGGAUAUCUGAAUAGACUAGUUGUGGCACUCUGUUCUUGCGUGAAAGUUGAUUAUUUGUCUAAUUUUCCAGUUAUAAUGCUUUCCUUCCCCCCCUUAACUUUAAUAAAAAUCCAAAAGGUUUCCCCAAGUUUAUCAAAGUACAUUGUAAUCAUUUAUUGAAUUGAUAAACUUAUUCAAGGUUUUUGAAUCGAUCUUUUCAGGCCAGACCAAUCAAAAACGUAUUGGGGUCUACUUGCUCCAAUUUUAAUGGUACAGUUGUAAUCUAAUAUACUCAUUGGGGUGUAGUAAUAAAACUUAUCUGUCUUCUCCACACGAAAUAGGUGAGUAUGGGCUGAAUAAACACUUACAGACCUUUACGCCAUACCCAUUCUACCUUCUUCCUUUCUCCCUCUCCCUCUCUUUUACGGUUUCCAGAAAAAGGAUAUUAGGCUAAAAUAAAUUAUUGACCAUUGCUGAAGUUAUAAAUGUAUUUAACGUUUUAGUCAAAUUAUGCUGAAUAUUCUCACGGUAAAUUUGAAGCCUGUUAUUGUCUGAUAAAUUUCAAUUUUUUCCCAAAAAAUAGUGAAAGAUGAAGAUGUUGAAGACCAAAAUAUCUUUUGUGAUCGCCUUGAAUGUGAUCAUUGAGAUGGGUUAGGAUAUAAACUCUGAAACGAUAUUUAUUUAAGGCAUUCUUCUAUGAAGUUGUUGACACAUGUUGGUAAGCUCACGUGAUGCCUUCUUCCUUUAGUAUAAGACUGUCGACCAGUUAUUUGAUUGUGUGUAAUUUAGUCUCUUUUGAGCCUUAUGUGUCCACACAUUUAGGGGUCUCAAUACUUUCCUCAUUCCUCUGGAAAAUCUGUUGACUGUGCUUAAAUCGAUCUUUCUUCCUGGAAAAUGUGUUGAUUAUUGAAUUGAUAUCUUCUCUAAGAACAUGUUAAGAAUUCAAUGCAAUGGACAUUGAGAAAGAAUAUGACGUAGAAGAUGUGCCUAAUGACAUCAUUUAGAAACAAAUAGAGGUCAUGUGCACACCAUUGAAGGUAUUUGUGAAACAGCUAUUUCUAAUGAGGGUGUUUGUAGAACUGAUGAUUAUCGAAUCCUCUUGGUCCAUUUUAGGGAUCAGCUUCAGGUCUGUUGGUUUCUUUUUACCUUUCAUGCGGUUGCCAUUGGCAGAUGACGUGGUAUUAGUGGAGAUGACUAAAAAUAGCUUAGAAUACACUUAUAGAAGAAUUUCGUAGAAUGACGUUCUACUUUAGUUUGUAUUAGAUUCCUUGCUGAUAUUUGACACCGCGAAUCCAUGCAUGUUCGACUUUCCUUUUUGCAAAAUUUGUGCGAAUUGCAGCAAGACAUCUGUCCCUUAAUAUUUGACUUUCUCGUUUUCUAGGUUUCAUUUCGUGCGUUAUGUCAUGUUAUAAAAAGAAACCCAGAUCUUAGAAUGUUGAGAGUGAGUGGGUGUUGGAAUUUUUACAACACCGAAGGUGUUGCUUCAACAUCAACUAGCGAGGGAAGUUCUGAAGAUCUGUUUCGGGAACUGAACGAGAAAUGCCUCGUGGAAGAAGUGGCUUUUGGCUGGGGAUUUACUUCUUCGUCAUUAUUUAAAGGAAAGAACGCAUUUGCGAGAGUAAGGACCAUGUCAAUUGGUCUUGGCGCAUCACUGGAUGUAUCUCUACUGCCUGAGAUUUGCCCCUUGAUAGACACGCUGGUCCUUAAAUUUCAGGUAUACCAAGAACGGAAUAAAUAUCUUGAGACGCUCGCUUACAAACUAAGUAGUUGAUGUGGUUGGCAGGUAAUCUCUGACAGUGAUCUGAGAAGCAUUCUGAAAUCCUUGCGUCAUCUACAUGUUUUGGACAUCUGCUGCUGCCUCUGUGACUUGACCUCAGGAAGCUUUCAACUUAGCAUGAAAACCCUAAAGUCAUUGAGGCUAGAAAGGGCGACUCCUUGGAUGACAAAUGAUGACUUGAUAACCCUCAGCGCGAAUUGUUUAAAUCUGACGGAACUCUCGUUAUCUGGCUGUAGGCUUCUCAAUUCAGGUAGAAAAGUGAUCUUACGUCGAGUCCGGUUUUGGCAGACACUCAGUUUGCUUUUAUCUCUUGUACCUUUUAUCUGUUCCCAUGGGCUGCAUCUCUCAAGAAACCUUGUUUUCCUUCUUACAGACGCACAACAGAUAAUUUCAUCUGGAUGGCCGGGAUUGACAGUUCUUCAUUUGGAGGUCUGUUGCAUACGUUGUUUCUGGCGUUUCUGUUCCGUUUUUACCGAAUGAAGUGAUGAGCAGUAUUCAUCUGCUCGAUGAGAAAAUCUAUCUUAGUUCAUUUCGCUAACGGGUUCUGUAUUCCCUCCGGAAAACUCCCUCCUAUCUGUAGAGUUGCCUCGAUGGAAGAAGGAAACUUGUUGUGUGCCACUCUUGGUAAUGCCCGAGAAAUCCCUUUUGCAUCCUCAUUGAGUACACUGUUCCAUCAGGGUGAUGACAGAGAUGGCAUCAACACUUUGCUUCAUACUACUGUAAAAUCUCCCCGUAAUUGAUCAAGCCCGCUGGAAGCAAUCGAAAUGCUCUGCUAGUUGGGGAUCUCUCUCCCUCCCCUAGGAAGAAGAAUGGGUUACUGGCCAUAUGAGGAGUCAGAUACGACUAAUCGUCAGACAUGGGGGACUGCUUCACUUAUUUUCGAUUCACUUUCCACUAUUUUCCAUGCACGACUGCUUCACUUGUCAAUCUACUCAGUUUUCCUUCUCCAAGAGAAAAUCCAGUGGGGUUGUUAUCCCUCUGAAUCUACCAUUACUUCUGAAACCCGAUGAUCUUUUGUUGUUUAUUCUUACAUCAGGAUUGCGGGAGCAUAACCUCUGCGGGAGUUUGCUCGCUGCUGGACUGCGUAGCCAUUGAGGAUCUUCUGCUUUGUCACAAUGUGAGUACUGAAAUAUGCGUCGUCAAUUUUUCAUUCAUGCUACACAAUUAUUUGCCAUUAAAAUAAUUAUUCAUGCUACACAAUUAUUCGAGUCAAAACCGUGUAAUAUGGACUGGACUAGACACAGUUCUGAUCGUAGAGUCUACGAUCGCCCAGGAUUAG